GGGCAGAGACGGCAUCGGGCAGAUCGGGCGAUACCAGACGACAGUAGCGGCACCAAGCAGGCAUUUCGGAGAGCGCAUGCUCGAGUUCCUCGAUGGUCGGGCAAAAACACAGCUGGUCUAUGAUUCUCGAAGCGAGUUGACGUUCGAACGGCUAUCAAUGUGAUUUCUACGAAUUUGUACCGACUUGUCGGAGAGCUGUCGGAGCCGAGCGCCAAGGCUCGCGCGAGCCUGCGGGAGGAAGUUGUACGAAGGUCCGUCGAUUGCGACUGUCUCUCCGCAGUCAGAACGGUGUGAGUGCGUGAUCGCCCGAUGUAGCCUGGAGAGAAUAACGCGCGGAAUCUUGAAACCACGAGGAUUUUUCGCUUGGCUUGGCCCUGGAUACAAAGGAGUAUCCCGCCACCGUCUCGACGUGUAGUCUUACCCUAACAAUGUCACCGGUAAACUCGUAAUAUUCGAAGCAACGUAGGAGGGACGAAAGAAGAAGAGAUAGAUGAAAAAGAGAUGGCGUCCACCAGUGGGCACAAGAGAAAUGGCUCCAGCUCGAGCAUGUUUGCGCAUAAACGCACCGAAUCGGGGGGUGGUUUCGUUGGUUACAAGCGACCUGAGAGCGGUCACAAACGUGCCGAGAGUAUAUCUAGUGCCUUCGGCCACAAACGAUCCGAGAGUGGCCACAAGAGGAACGAGAGCAGCGGCGGUUUUGGUCACAAGAGGUCCGAGUCUGGCAGCAAUUAUCAUGCCGGACAUCGGCGUAAUGAAAGUAUGUACGCGAUGACGGGCCUCUACGCGGAAAGCGCCGGCACUGGUACCGACGAUAAUGCGGAUCCGCUGCAGGCGACCGCCGGUAGACUGACCCACGACACCGUCAUAAGGUGCCACAGUAGAAAUCCGAGUUCCGGCCUUGUGGAUCAUAGAGAUUUUAUCAUCAAAUGUCACAGCAGGAAUCCCAGUGCUUCUAUGGUCGACAGGGCGGAGAAGGAGAGGGCGCAAACUCCGCCGUUUAAUCCAGACUCCAAGGACUGUGGGAUUCUGAGUUGUAGACCGGUCUUUAUUCAAAGAUUUGCCGGAAUAAAGGUGUUCGUAUUUCUUCUAUCGUUUCUUGUUACGUUACAACAAGCGCUUAGCUCAGGUUACAUCAAUUCUGUGAUAACAACCAUAGAGAAAAGGUUUGAGAUCCCGUCCAGUCUUUCGGGCCUCAUUGCAAGUUCUUACGAAAUCGGCAAUGUUAUCACUGUCAUUUUCGUCAGUUAUCUCGGCAGUCGCAGGCACAUACCCGUGUGGAUAGCGAUAGGAGCAGUGAUAAUGGGACUGGGAUCGAUGAUCUUUAUGGUGCCACAUUUCACAGCAGAGCCCAACUUGACGACAACUGCGAAUCAUUCCAAUUCGGAUAAUAUCUGCCGCGGAGUAUCCUUACGCGAACAAGACAUGGGUUUAGGUCGGCUUUCAUCAGGGUUAUCUUCACCUCCCUUAGCACCCCAUAACAAUUUAAGAGGUGAUAAUUGUAUACAGGGAUCUCCGUCGACAGCCGGACCUGUCAUGUUAUUUGUACUUGCUCAGUUACUACUAGGAUGCGGUGGCUCUCCUUUAUUUACUCUUGGUACUACUUACAUAGACGAUCACGUGAGACCAGAAAGUGCGUCUUUAUAUAUUGGUUGUAUGUAUAGUAUGGCGGCCUUUGGACCAGUUUUAGGUUUUCUUCUUGGAGCGUAUCUUUUGUCCUUUCAUAUGGACUCAUUUUCUGGGACGAUUAUAAGUAUCGAUCCUGGAGAUCAUAGGUGGGUUGGUAUGUGGUGGGGCGGAUUCCUACUUUGUGGAUUGCUCCUUAUUCUAGUAGCAAUACCCUUCUUCAGUUUUCCUAAAACUCUACAACGCGAAAAGGAAAAGAUACGAAUUAUAGAAAAGAAUAAACCAAUAACGCAGAAAGAAAAGGAGCAAUCGAAAGAACCUAAGAAAGAUAUGAUCGAUGAUAGCGGUUAUGGCAAGGAUGUCAAAGAUAUUCCUCGAAGUAUGUGGAGACUCGUUUGCAAUCCAGUCUACGUUGUAACAUGUUUGGGAGCAUGCAUGGAGUUGGUGAUUGUAUCUGGUUUUGUGGUAUUUCUGCCCAAAUAUCUCGAAACACAAUUCAGCCUGGGAAAAAGUCAAGCCAGUAUCUUCACUGGCUCUGUCGCUAUACCAGGCGCUUGUAUCGGAAUUUUCUUUGGCGGAUGUAUGCUCAAACGUUUAGAACUAAGGCCGAAGGGUGCUGUGCAAUUUGUCCUCGUCUCAAAUAUAAUUUGUCUGGUGUGUUACGGUCUGUUAUUCUUCCUCGGCUGCGAAAACGUAAAAAUGGCUGGGACCACUAUUCCAUACUUUAACAGUAGUACGAAGGGUCCUGAACCCUUUCAAGUAAAUCUCACUGCCGCAUGCAACUUUGGUUGUGAAUGCCGAAUGACGGAUGUCGAGCCAGUUUGCGGAAAUAAUGGUCUGACUUAUUUUAGUCCGUGUCACGCAGGUUGCACUGCCUUCAGUUCCAAAUCAAAUUUUACAAAUUGCGCAUGUAUACAUGGCAAUUUAACUGGUAUGCUACCACCGGCUGCUCCGGAAUUUGCAGAAGUGACCGUUGUGCCAGUAGCAACUGCAGGUCCUUGUACUUCACCAUGUAGAACUAUAUUUCCAUUUCUAAUUCUUUUGUUCUUUAUGACAUUUAUUGUCGCUGUGACUCAAAUGCCUUUGCUCAUGAUAGUAUUACGGUCCGUUUCUGAAGAAGAAAGAUCUUUUGCUUUGGGUAUGCAGUUUGUAAUUUUUCGACUAUUUGGCUAUAUACCAGCACCAAUACUAUUUGGUAAUUUGAUUGAUUCUACAUGUUUGCUAUGGAAGAGCACUUGUGGAGAAAAGGGAGGUCGAUGUUUACUCUACGAUAUUGAACAAUUUAGAUACAGAUAUGUCGGCCUAUGUGCUGGUAUAAAAAUUUUAGCUUUGGCGUUAUUUUUGAUUGACUGGUGGCUCGUAAGAAGAAGAAGACAAAUGGAAGAUCAACCGCCAUCUUUCACUGUCAACGAGUUUGUAGGGUCAAUUAUCAGUCUAGAUAAAUUGUUUGAAGAGAAACCACAUCAGAAUUUAGGGGAUGGCGAUGCGACGCUGCCGAGUUCCGAGAUUGCAACGCCAUCCUCUAUUUCGUCGCCUACAGAACCUACCAAGUCAACGAAUCUCGAGGAAACAGGGUCUUCGAAUCAAACGCAAGAUUCAAUGGAGACGACAAAUCGCUCAAAAAAUAUGGAAGCUGAAGUUUCCGAUAUGAGGCAAGCGCCACUUGCCUUACAAGAGCCAGACGUCGAGAUCAAACUUUCAAGUGGUAUGACAGAAAAUCAUAAUCGCAUUGUUUAAUGUUUAUUUUAUAUUAGAAACUGUAGAAGUAAAUAUAUCAAAUUGAUCAUAUAUAAAUUUGUGACAAAUUAUAUAUACAUACUCGCUGGAUGGAUUAUAUUUGAAAAUAUAAUACAGACUCACAUAUCCACACAUGUCGUUUAUCAUACAUACAUCGUUUGUCUCUUUUAUGUUUAAGGGGGGGGGGGGAAGAAAAUGCAGUAUAAUAUCUAUAGAAAAAAAAAAUGAUAAUUUUCUAAGAUAUUAAACAUGCUAAAGAAUGUAAAGAUCAUUGAUUUCAUUAUGUUCUUUUUCUUUUUCUGUUGUAUGAUACAUUGUGGUCAUGUGUACGUACAUAACUGUUAUUUAUUAUCCAAGAUAACUUGUCACAAAUUUAAUUAUUUACUAAGUUGAUUAGUUUUACUUUUAGCAAAAAUAUCACUGAAACGUAAAUUUUUACAGCAAUCAUGUACAUGUCAAUAAGUAGAUAAGUAAUGCAUAAAUGUAGUUUAUUUCAGACGUACAAUCCGAGAUUGUAUUACUCAUGGCACAUUUAGAUUUGUAUUGUUGCUAUGUAUAUCAUUAACGAGGAUAGAUUAUAUACAAGAAAGAUAAAUAUGCAACGCGAAUAAAUUUCUAUCGUCCGAAUGGAAUCACGACAAAGUAUAAGCCUUGCGCUAUUGCAAGAAAAGGCCAAUGUAACGAUGAAUGAUUGUAAAUAUGAAAAUUCCUGCCUUAAGAAAUACAAGACUAGACAAAUGUAUAUUUGAAAAUGUAAACUAAUUGUAAGUAUCAGAAUUAACGAUUUAUAUAAUAUCAUUAGUACCGAGCGAAAAAAAAAUUACGAUUUAUUUUAUAACUAAAGAAAAGAUAGGUUUCUCGAAACAAAUAGUCAAUUUAGUAUAUAGUAAGAUACCUAUUAAAAAUGAUGAAGAUGAAUAUAACAAAUUGUGAGUAAUCUCUAUCAUACAGUAACGCAUUGAUUCGUAUUUUGUAUUUUUCUGUAAGUAGAUGCAACCGUAAAAAUUGCGC